AUUACAGACAAGCAUAGCUGAGUACAGACUACUUACAGACAAGCCAUUCGAAGCGAAAGAAGACGAUCAACAGAAACAUGGCAUCCGUCGAAGGCGUCGCAAUCCGGUUCGCUGAGUAUGAAGACGAGGAAAACAUCCUCAAAAUCAAGGUUCAUGACGACGACAUGAAGAACAAGGAGUUCGACGAUCUUGAAGACGCUCUGGAUGACGCCUUUGAGGAGCAAGAGGAGCUCGAAGAAGAAGAAGAAGAAGAGGAAGGAAAAGGAGGAGAAGACGACGAAUCCACCUUCAUGUUUGUGGCUGAAAUAGAAAGUGAACUGAUCGGCUUUGCGAUGCUGAGUCUAGUGGAUGACGAAGGCGAAGCCGGUUUGAUCAGUGACAUACGAGUGGCUGAAACGUGGCGGGAUAAGAACGUGUACCAAAUGAUGUACCAGCAUAUCAUCGACUUUGCAAAACGUGAGUUAGAGAUAAAACACAUCCGAACUACGGUCCACAAGUACCCAGAUGAAACCAUCACAGAGGAGAUUUGCAAAACUGUUUACGUUGCCUUCGAGGGUAAUGCGAAGACUCUGCGAGACACGCUCCUGUCUGUGCCAGGGAUAGAAGACCUCCCGCUAUCCACCGUAGUCCCCUACCAGCAACGCCACAUGCGGCAACUACUCCACUCACAUGCCGCCGUCGGACAGAACAUCCUCACCAACGGCGUCUUCUUUGCUGACGGUGCUUCUUACACCCUGUGCAAAGAAAAUCUAGCUGAUUUAGCAGAGGAAGAGCUCUGUAUGUUUGUUGAUAAGAAGAAGCCAAUCAAAAGCCUAAGUUUUGGCAGCGAUUUUGAUUCUGAUAGGGCAGCCGUUUGCACCAUUGAUGUAAAUUGUAAAGAUGUUGAGCUUAUCAAAUGCCACAUCAUCAAACACAUGCAGCGGGCGUGCAAGGAAGUUGACGGGCCAGUUGUAUUUCUGAUCUUAGCGACUGACUUCGAAGAUGAGAUUAAGGCAUUUUGUAAUGGGAUCGAGGGAUUGAAAGAGGAGCAAAGAUACAGAGAAUGUAACACUUUGUCGAAGAUUGUCCUGAAGUCUGACGAUGAGUAAAGCACUAGAGUGUUAGUGUAAUGAGUUAAAGUGGUAUCUCAUUGCAGUUGGGGAACUCGUGCGGCACUGCGGGGUUCUUUCACUGUGGCACUGUCGUGUUAUUUCGCCGAUUUUUUUAUAAUUCAGAUAUUGCGUAAUACGUAAAUGUAUGACUUAGAAGACAACAAAAUACACCAAACGUAAGAAAAUUUGUUCUUUAUCUCUGAAAUCCAUUUUAGUCAUAUACGAACCCCGCAGUGCCGCACCGGUGCCCCAAGUGCAGUGAGAUACCACCUUUAGUGUUUGCAAGAAAUUUAGGUACGAUCACAAUUUCCGGAAAUGUACACACCAAGACAUAUGAUUCAUGUCUAUUAAGCCUAAGUUGAUUUGAUGUAAAAUCUUAAUUCUCUUUUUUGCUUUUCGUACGGAUUCUUUUCGUUCUGUACAAAAUGGGCAAUAAGCAAGAGGUACGGGUGAGGUGGGAAAACAAGAGGGAUUCAAUUGUGUACAAUAGCUUUGUGCCAAGUAUGUUCAUUCAUUUUUGUUGCGCUGAGGAUGGUGAAAGUCAAUACCGUGCAGAGUGUAAAGCCUUGCAAAAUCAUUAA